AUGAUGCUCCUCCUUCUUUCCAUGCUGGUCCUGCUUGCUCAGCCCCUGAGUUACCUGGGAGCAGAAAUGAAGAACUACCUGCAGAGAUCAAUGGCCAGCACCUGUACCUUGGUCAUGUGCAGCCCCCCGGAGAAUGGCCUGCCUGGUCGCGAUGGAAGGGAUGGGAGAGAGGGGCCCCGGGGCGAGAAGGGGGAUCCAGGUUUGCCAGGAGCUAUAGGGCAAAGGGGGCUCCCUGGACCAGCUGGCCCAAUUGGACCAAAAGGGGACAAUGGCUCUGCUGGAGAACCUGGACCCAAAGGAGAUUCUGGGCCAAGUGGACCCCCAGGACUUCAAGGUGUGCCUGGUCCAGCUGGAAAAGAAGGUCCUUCMGGGAAGCAGGGGAACAUAGGACCACAAGGAAAACCAGGUCCAAAAGGAGAGGUGGGGCCCAAAGGAGAAGUAGGUGCCCCAGGCCCGCAGGGCUCUGCAGGAACCAGAGGUCCCACAGGCCCUAAAGGAGAGAAAGGUGCCCCUGGUGAGCGUGGAGCUCCUGGAAAUGCUGGGGCAACAGGGCCUGCUGGAGCUGUGGGUCCACAGGGAACCCCAGGAGCCAGGGGCCCUCCUGGACUGAAGGGGGACAGAGGUGCUCCUGGAGGCAGAGGAGAAAAGGGUGAAAGUGGGGUAUCAGACAUCACUGCCAUGAGGCAGCAAGUGAAGGACUUACAGGGACAGCUACAGCACCUUCAGACUGUCUUCUCUCAGUAUAAGAAAGCUGUGCUCUUCCCGGAUGGCCAAAGUGUUGGGGACAAGAUCUUCAAAACAGCUGGCUUUGAAAAAACUUUUGAGGGUGCGCAGGAGGUGUGCACCCAGGCCAGUGGACAGCUGGCCUCCCCUCGCUCUGCAGCUGAGAAUGAGGCUUUGCAACAGCUGGUCACAGCUCAGAACAAGUCUGCUUUCUUGAGCAUGACAGACACCAAGACGGAGGGCAAGUUCAUCUACCCCACUGGGGAGGCCCUGGUCUACUCCAACUGGGCCCCAGGGGAGCCCAACAACAAUGGUGGGGCAGAGAACUGUGUGGAGAUCUUCGCCAACGGCAAGUGGAAUGACAAACAUUGUGGAGAACAGGGACUUGUGAUCUGCGAGUUCUGAGCCCCUGUGGCAGGGGUUGGGGAGGGAAGAGUAGCCAUGCUUGGCCCAGAAGCCUGGCAAGUGAGUUACAGCCCGAACUUAUG